AUGUCCCCAACCUUAUACAUUCGCAUAUACCUCAUUCCGUACGACCUGGAAAACGUCAAAGGAAAGCUCCGAAUGCGUGACGAGGCGGUACUCGUACAGGCACGACGGUACAUGCGGAGCCUCCUGAGCGAACUUGUCAUCGAUGAUCACAAUUGGGACGCAGAGCCAAUGGAAUCUAUGUCUGCUAGACGACAUUUCCUUGACCAUAGCAUUGAUAACCGGACAAUGGCAGAGAUUUACAGUGACCUACCCUCCCCCGAAACUCCUGUAGAUGACUCCCUGCACAACAUCCCCGGCAUGUGCAGCACACUCUAUUCAUACCAGCGGCAGUCAGUUGCAACGAUGCUCGCCCGAGAGUUGCAUCCACCACUUGUAUCUGAUCCGUUGUACAUCCCUAUUUCAGGGAUUGAUGGUGAUGUGUUCUUCCUGCAGCCUGCGACAAUGGAGAUUCUUCGUGAAUGUCCGCAGGUAGAGCAAGCACGUGGUGGGAUUCUAUGUGAAGAACUAGGCACGGGUAAAACUGUCAUGAUGCUCGGGCUCAUCCUCGCCACCCUCAAUCAGCUGCCCUGCCCAGAGGAGUCCAUCCUUGACGAGCGUCCCAUCCUUACUCCACUCUCCCUUCGCCAUUUCCCAUCUCCGGAGUGCGUGCUUGCGCGGAAGCGGCUUUCGUCAGGGCACAAGAGUAACAAGCUGAAGACGUCGGGAGAGAUCCCAUCGCUGGUCGAGUUGUUGGUUCACUACUGCCGUGUGCAACCUGACGGGCUCCGCAUACGCGAGUCUCAGGACGAGCUGGAGCAGCGGCGGCUCUGGGCACCGAUCAUUCGCAAUACUCCAUUCUAUUUCCAGUUUGAUGUCCCUAUCGACGAAGAUGCGCGGCCGCGAAGGAGAAAAGUUGAUCCUGGGCCGAAGGUGAUGUAUCUCUCCACUGCGACACUGGUUAUCGUGCCCGCCAACUUGCUUGCACAAUGGGAAAAUGAGACGAUGAAACACUGCCACGAUGUCCUCCGCCUUUUGGCGCUUGAUAGUCGCAAGCCUAUCCCGUGUGCAUCUGAGCUGGCCUCAAACUUUGAUAUCAUCCUGAUAACUCAAGCUCGAUUUUCUGCCGAGGCUCAGAAGAACAACAUUUCAAAAUUACAAUCGUGGAGGGUUUGCGGCUGUCGGGCGCAUGCUAACGGACCGCGUGUUCCCCGAUGCCGAUGCGAGAGCCCCACUGACGUUUCUCCGCUACUACAAAUUCGCUGGAAGCGGCUUAUCAUUGACGAAGGGCAUGUUGCCGCCUCCUUGGUGACAAACAUCACUCCAUUCGCCAAAGCUCUUAGUGUUGAACGGAGAUGGAUUGUGACAGGGACACCGACAACCAAUUUGUUGGGUUUGCACUUUGGGCAAGGCAGUGAACUGCAGUACCCAGCAGACGAGCAUCCCGAGGACACCUCUGAGAUUCUCGACACGGAUGAAUCUGACGUCCUGGCACGAAAAUGGACGAAGGAUGACCGCGAGGACCUGAACAAGCUCGCAAACAUGGUCAUCCACUUUCUCGGGGUUCCGAUGUUCUCGCAGGCUGCAGGCACACGACCGUUUAACACGCACGUUAUUCAGCCUCUGAUGGAAUCCUCGGGUCCGCGCCCUGGCGCAAUUUGUGUUCUGACCCAGGUGAUGAGUAUGAUCAUGAUACGGCAUCGGAUUGAGGAUGUCGAGCGUGACGUUUUACUGCCAUUAUUGCGUCAAGAAACGAUUGCGUUAGAUCUGGAUCCAUAUGCCAUCAAGUCGUACAAUGCCUUGCAAGCUGGUAUUGCAAUCAAUGCUGUUGAUUCGGAACGUUCGGACCAGGACUAUCUUUUCCAUCGCCAGAAUGCCGAAAUGCUGAAGGUAACCAUAAUGAACAUGUCUGAAGUCCUGUUCUGGCAUGUGGAUAGCGAGAGGCUAUUCAAUGUCGAUGAAAUGGUCGAGCGGUCUGCAAACUUCAUGGAGACUAUGCAGAAACGAAAUACCUCCAUUAUCGACAUCAAGCUUAUGACACGGGCACUGGAGCAUGUGCGGAUUGCGGCAGUUGAUCCCAUCUGGCGCUCACUGCAAGCACAGCCCGACGUUCUACAUCGUAUUUCUGGGAUGCCGAAGGCCAUAUACGAAGUCUGCACAGUACUACCUGCAAGCACGUUCUCGUCUGAUGUUUAUCUCAUCACCUCCGAGCGACUCAUCGACCUGCGCAAGUUCCUCUAUCUACAACCCCUGGCGCGCACCGAGCGCAUUAUCGAGUGGGCGCAGCAUGCAAACGAGGAACUGCAACAUCGUAUUGCAUUUGCCCAGGAAACGAUGAAGGUCACGAAGCGCGCAAGAAAGCCGAGCAGCUCGAAGCAACAGCUGAUGAUGCUGAAGCAGGGUGAGUCCAAAGAGAAGAAGGACGAGAUGCACAAGGAGUGGGAAGCGGUGCGAGCGAAGCUGAAGGCUUUGGCUGAGGAUGACGGAUAUGACCGAGGGAACCACAUGUCUUCCCGCAAUGGGGUAGAGGAUCACUCGCUUACCCGACGACAUGGGGUGCGUGCGAGAUUCCUCUCCUCGUCGCCUUUGGCGGGUAUGCAGAUUGGCAACUCUACCUCUUCAAAGCUCAAUUACAUCUUGAAUGAGGUUGGUCAAUUCGCGUCAACGGAGAAGUUCUUGAUAUUUUCCAACUCUCCCGCCACUCUCAAUCUGGUCAGAGAAGGACUGGAACUAAUCGAAGUGAAGUACCUGGUGUACACUGGCUUGACACCUCUGGAACGGGUGACACCGAAGGAGCGCGAGCAGCGAGUGACCACGUUCGAGACGUCAGAUACAUAUCGCGUCUUUCUCAUGGAGCUCAAAUACGGUGCUCGUGGGCUAAAUUUAGUUGCGGCCUCCAGGGUCAUAUUUUGUGAGCCUGUCUGGCAGGCGGAUGUCGAAAGUCAGGCUGUCAAGCGUGUCCAUCGUAUAGGGCAAACACGCCCUGUCACGGUGAAAACCCUUGCCAUCCGGAAUACCUACGAGGAGGUGAUGGUGACCCGGCGCGAGGCACUGAAAGCGGGGAAUAGCAAGCAGCCCGGGUUAACGGAUGAUCGACGAAUGCGGGAUUUUAUUGCGAAUCCAACAUUCCUUUCCUCACCGGCCUCUACAACGGAGCCGCUUGACCUCCCUUUUCUCGACAUUCCGCGUGGGCGCACUGAGAGGUCCGAGCAGAUGGCAUCCCCUCCUGUUGCGCACAGAGAGCUGUCCUGUGUGAACUCCUGUGGAGAUGUCGGUCCUCUCAUGACGAAGAAAUCUCGCGUUCUUUUUGCGGACGAAGUGGAAGCUCGCACUGCACUUGAAUUGCGGCCAGUGGAUAUAGUCAAAAAGCGGAAAAAGAAGUCUCUUUUACAAUUUCCGGAUACAGAUAACGAGUCGGACGAGGCGGAUGGCCCUUCGAGAAAGAAGGUCCAUGCUGUUCGAUUCGCAGAUGACUCGCUCACUCAUUCGAGGCCGUGA